AACCCAAUUCACUUUUUCAAACUUGUUGAAAUUUUCUCACAAUUAUUCAUAAUCCAAACCAAAUUGUCUUUAUCAUAGAUUGAAUUGAAUCAUUGAACCUCGCUUAUUAAACAUUUCUUCAUAACAACAGCCACUUUUCUUCACUCAAUCCCAAACAUAAACCAAAUCUUUUCCAAUCCCAAUUUCCAACCCUAUUUAAUUAUUUUCCCAAAAUUAUAAUUUUAAUCAUUAUUUUUUCUCCAUAGAUAAGGUUCAUAAGCAUAGUACUCUGUUUCAACCGGUUUUGUAAUCGAGAUGAUGAGAAGACAACAUGAAGAUGAACAAUCUCGAGCUUUCUACGAGCUAUCAUCCAUAGUUCUAAACCUCCUCCGUUCUUCUCCAACGCCGUUAAAUUUCUCCGAUCAUCCACCAGGUCCACCUUCACGCCGUUUACCUUCGCCUCAAAUCUCUCCCGCGGGAUUCGCCUCCAUGUUUCUUGGAAUCUCGCUGGCUCUUAUGCUAUGUGGAUCGGUCACGUUCUUCAUCGGGUUCGUGUUGAUGCCCUGGGUUAUAGGAUUGAUUAUGGUCCUCUACGUAGCUGGAAUCGUUUCGAUUCUCUCCGAUUUCGGUAGCUUUAUUUUCCGUAACCUUACGGCGGCGCCAGAGCCGCGCAAGGAUAAUCCAGCAUGGAAGGUUAUGUGAGGUAACAAAUGGAGAAUGAAAAUGAGGAUACGAUUUUUUGUUGUAAUUCUCCCGAUUAUGAAGCUUUCUUCUCCUCUUAAUGGACGCAGGAAAGACGGAUAUAUGGGUUUUUUAAUCAAGUUACAAAGAGCUGAGAGUAAAGGUCUGCCAAAGAAUGAAGGGUUACUAUUAAUACCAUCUUUGUGAACUGAAAUUGUAAUAUUACAUGCUUUUUCGGCUCUUGUUAUUUUGUUCUAAACAUGUUAUUAACUGUAAAGUGAAAAAACAAGGGUUAUAUUGCACCCUACUGGGAAGAAUAUUUGGAAUCAGUUGGUUAUUGGUGUGAUUCAUUGAUUGUUUUUCA